AUGGGUCGUCGCGGGAUCGUUCACGCGCUGAUUUGGUGCUUGCUGUCAUUUCCGCUGUGCUUCACCGAGAAGCUAUCCCCGGAUCAAAAAGCGCCGCUGUUCGCGCGUGGAUCAGGCGGUCUGAUUCUGAAACCACCCUUCGAGAGCGAGCAGAAAGUCGCUGCGAGUCCACCGGUUUCCACUAAUAUCCUCAACGAGGACGGCGUCGAGAGGACGGAGGUCGCAACCUUCAAACUUGUGGAUGGCGAAGUGGUCCGAGUAGUAGAAGGAUCUUACUCCUACAGGAGCCCCGAAGGAAUUCCCGUUUCUGUUAACUACAUCGCUGAUGAAAACGGAUACCGGGCGGGAUUCAGGCUGGGUCGUGCUGUGACCGAAACGGGGUCUCGCAUCAGACCCAUAGGACCAGAAAGCAUCAGACCUGUAGGACCAGAAAGCAUCACGCGAAAGAGCAACGAAGAUCGAGGUUAUCUGCCACCGAAAUAAAAAGAUUCCAGCUAAUUCUAACUAAGACUGGCCUAAAUACACUUUUGCGUGACUUUAAUAGUAGGAGGCUAUAUAUUUCUUGACAAUGUUUUUUGUCAGCGAUUGAUUUUAUUGACAAUUUUAUCUGAACAAAGAUAUCGAGAUACGAACAGUUUUCAAACUGUGAAAGAUAUAUAAGAUAUAUUUUAUUUUUCUUGGUUUUAUUGAUUUUUGAC